CAAAGGAGUGGUGCACAGCGGUGCCUGUCAAGCCGACGGCGCAUGCGCUCGGGGAACGUGGGUUGGGGUCAUGUUGUUCGGUUGUUGUGGUGCCACUGUUUUCUUCAGUCGUGGCGCCCGAGUCCUGGGGCUAAGUCUAGGGCAUUGCGGGGAACCUUUUGUUUAUGACUGUACAGCUGAAACAAGGGAGGCUGAUGCUGGAGACAGUGAUGAGAUUGUGGCUUUUGCCUUUUCUCCCUCGGGAACCUAUCUUGCUGUGAGUGCAGACAACAAGCAGCUGAUUCUGUUUCGGACAAGACCGUGGCAGUGCCUUAGUGUGCGAUAUGCUGUUCGUCGAUCCACCUCCCUUGCAAUUACUGCAGGCGAGGACCAGAUCUUACUCGCUGACAAAUCCGGGGAUGUUUACAGCUUCUCCAUCCAGGAUCCACAGAGACCAGGGCAACUGCAGCUUGGACACCUCUCCAUGCUGUUAGCAGUGGUGGUUAGUCCAGAGGAUCGAUUUGUGAUUACAGCAGACCGUGAUGAGAAGAUUCGAGUCAGUUUACUGGAGCAGCCAUAUACCAUUGAGGCCUUUUGUUUGGGACACCACGAGUUUGUCAGUGAGCUCUGCAUUCCACCAAAUCACCCCCAGCUGCUCUUGUCUGGCUCUGGGGAUGGCACAAUCAGGCUCUGGGAAUACCAAAGUGGGAUGGAGCUAGAUUGCUUUAAGAUGAGUGAAAUUCAAGCUUCAGGAUGCCAGAAGGCCAGGUGUGCUGUGGUGCGGAUCGUCCAUUGCAAACAGGGAGAUAACUUCGCUGUUCUUUGUGAUGACUUCUCCUCAGUGCACAUCUUCAAGUUGGAUGUUGUAGCUCAGAAACUGAAUCAUCUACAUACAAUCACAGUGAGACAACGAGCCUGGGAUAUAGCAUUUGAUGAUAUAUCGGGUCUCUGGAUCCUGGAUGGAGAAAUGGUGGUUGUGUAUCAACCACAGGAUGGCCAUUGGCAGCAUAUUCCAGAACACCCGGACCAACAGAAAAUGGAAGAGGCAAUCCAUGCCAAUUGGGAGGAAUUACAGGGCUCGGCCACUGCAAACAGCUACAGCAGUUUGUACAAGGUGACUGUGGAUAACAUCGCCCAGUAUCAGUCAAAGAAAAAACUGCGAGUUCACCAGAGACAGAAGAAAAGAACAAUGGAGAUAGGACAGAUGGAUGGACACAGCAAAAGAGCAAAAGGAUGUGAAGGAUGAUGUCACGUGUCUUGGGGAUAGAGCAAAUGGUCUGCACUGUUUGCUGGUGAAGUGCUCAUUAAUGGAUAAAAACUGGCUGCUGCAGUCCCCUGGCAAUACAGGUAUAAACUGGGGCUGGUACAGAAAUUGUCACAGGUACAUCAAAACAUACAGUGAAAGUGAUCUUAACAGAGUUUGCAGCUUGGCACCAUCUUCAGCUGCUUUUUUGAAGAGGUUAAGGCUGAACAAAGCAUUCUGAAUUAUUGGUAGAGUUCAUUCAUAUGUGUUUUGCACUCAGUAUUAAUGGACAGCUUUACUCCACUUCUGGUAAUUGUAUUUCUCUUUGGCCCUCAAGCCUGACCUGAUCAUUCAAAGAGUUUGAAAUUGAUCUGUGAUAUUAAUCUAGUCAUAUUUUACCCAUGUACCUUAAUAAACUUUCCUGGCACAAUAUAUUGACUUUGGGUGUUAAAUGAAUGAUUAAGUUGGCAGUUGUCAGGCUGAAGUUGUGGUGGUGUGUUAGGUUCCUGCUGGUGGAAGGGUUGUUUGAAUGCCCAGGCUUGGUGGGUCCACCAAGUUAUGUUUAUCCUUGAGCUUCCAAGUAUAUCCAUUUAUGUUGAUAUUCAGCGAUUAUAACUGUACUGGUGUGAAUGUGGUCUAAUUAAAACCCAUCAGAUUCAUUUCAGAAAACACUGUAAAUCGCUAUAAAGAAUAUGCAACAAUUAACUAAAAAGGAACAACAUAAUGGUGCUUAGUGAUGAAGUUCAAA